AUGGUGCAACUACACAAAGCUUUGUAUUCGAACGAACACGGCUAUCUACAACGAGCUACAAUCGCAGCACAAGCAUUUUACGCCGAAAACAGUGAGCCAACAAAAACGAGGUCGCCUUGGAUUCUAAAACGGCUGUACGAAUGGUCCAACCGUGCAAAACGUCGUGAAAUUAUCAAACAUGUACAAGCGGCCUUGGAAACCUCCGUAGAUCAUGAGCUAGAAGAUGAUGAGCUGGAAAAGUUACUGCCUGUUAAUUGGGACGAAAUGUUCGAGGGACCAAUUCAGGAGCUUCCACCUCAAAAACAAAAAUAUCUGCAAUCAGUCUGGGAGCUUUUUCAUUCGGAACUCAAAUUUCUCCAUCAUCAACUACUGGUCCUUCGAAAUGUCUACAAAGAGCCCCUAAAGAAAUGCCAGGUUGAGGGAUGUCUACUUACCGUCGAACCUGAUCUUCUCUUUGGUAACUUGGACCAACUUUGCCGAAUAUCACGCGGAUUUUGCCAGACUUUCCUUUCCCUUCUGCCGGCUGUAAAUCGUGAAGGCACUGAUUAUGACUGUACGGAGCUUGUCGUGAAACUCUUUGAGAAGUUCUCGAAAGGUCCCUCGACGAUCUCAGCAUACCAAGCAUACUGUAUCAACUAUAAGGCCACUAUGGAAUAUUUGGGUUCCAUACGGCAGAAAGAGGAGCGAUUUACAGAAUUUGAAAGGAUUUGCCUAGCAGACGAGAGGUGCUUUCGAUUGCAGUUAGAAGAUUUGCUUAUAGCUCCACUUCAAAGGAUAACCCGACUUCCUAUUUUGUUGCGUGAAAUCCACAGAUACACAGAAAAUAUUGAAGACAAAGCUCAGGUGGAAAAAGUGAUCGAUUCAAUGACUGAGAGUCUGCGAUCUAUUGACGAUAGCGUGCAAUGGUUGCAUAAUUUCGAACGUUUGCAACAACUACAGACUCAAGUGAUAUGGCCGUCAAUUGUGGAAAUGGAACCAAAAUCAUUUGUUCCUGAUUUCCUCAAGGUGGCUUUGUCUCGACAGUUUUGCGAAAAUCUCCUUGCACAUCCAAGAAGGAAGCUCAUUCACGAAGGACCAUUGGAGUUAGUGGAGAAUGGCAGGACAGUCGAUUGCUAUGCGUUUCUCUUUAAUGAUAUGUUUGUAUUGUCAAAAACAAAGAAAUGUGCAUUGAAGCUGAGAGUUAAAGGUAACCCCGUUGGCAAGACGGACCAUUAUGUCGUACAGCGACAGCCUGUACCCUUGGAUUCCUGUGUGUUUUGCGAUGCUGAUUCCAACGACUCGAACAGCUCAAUGUCACUGAAAUUUGCCUUUGUGAUCAUCCACCUCACUCGGUACUAUCAAGUGGUUGCCAUUUACACAUUACAAGCAGCGGAUAAACGUGAUAAAGAACUGUGGAUUGAAAAAUUCCAAGAAUCAAUCGAGAAUUAUGAAUCAAUACAACUAAAGGACAUGUUGAAGUGUACGCCGCUGUUUUCCAGUUUGAGUCUAAGAAGGUGCUCUUCGUCACGACUAAUGAAUAAAAAUUGUAAAGAAAAAGAUAAAGACUCAGAAAAAGAAUGUAAAGAAUGUAAAGAGCAUAGUGAUUCAGUAGAAUCGAAAGAUUAGUUGUAUUUUGUUGUUUCCUAUGUGCGUAAGACACAUAUAUCAUUCAUUUGUCUAUAUUCCUCCUGUUUGUGAUUCUCAUUCUUCGG